AGGACGGUAGCUGUUGCCUGGGCACUUACACGUGCGAGGCGCGCAAUUGCAUGGGUGUGGUUGCCAGUUCUGCCUCCCUUUUGGGCUUCGAAGACCAGAAAGCGCGUGCGCAACAGCAACGUGCAGAAUUUUCGCGUCAACUGUCGCUGUCAACCAUCCACGAAGAGCGCACAUCGCAACUCUACGACACAGCUGGAGAUCAGUCGCUAAAUACGGCUAACGAUCACGGCGAAGUCUCGUUCUCGUUCGAUGGGAAAGAGGUGUCAGUGUCGUUGUACGAAACUCCGGAUCUCACCGAGGAGGAGGCCAUUCAGAUCGUUGAAAUGUAUGCGGAUCAACUGUCAGAACAUGUCUCGGAACAUAACGUAGUCGAACUCCCGCCACUGAGGUUCGUGAAGGAAUCGUCAACAUCCGGAAACCUUUUAAUGGAAGCGGUGCUAGUCGACGUUUCCGACGAAUACUUCCACACUGCAGAAGAAGAUUUGCGAACCGAAGCAGAUGUCGACGAAAUGCUGUCUUCUGUUAACGAAAGCUCCAUCGUCACCUCUGAGAAAUUGAAAAUCGAGCUCACUUCAAGCUCAGAUAGCAAACCACAAAGACCACCUAGAAAGUCUGACUCGAUUCAAAGUAACAACACUUACUACAGCCUGUCAAAGAAUCUUUCUCUAGAUUCAGAGAAAGGAGACGAAAGUCUUGCUGGUGCUGCAGAACUAGACACGGAAUCCUACGGAGACUAUGAAAGUGCCAUGAGUUCCGAGAAGCUAAAACGAGAUGACCAAAGAGCGUACCAGGUGGCAGCAAUCACAGAAACUACCAGUUUGCCAGAUGAAGAAAGAAGACCGUUGACACCUCAUACCACUCACGAAAUAGGCUCUGACUUGAGAGUGAAUAGGAGCGAAAGUCAAGAGAUAAAGAAAAGAGGACGGCGAUCUUCGCAAAGUUCAGAUGAGAUGUCCAAAGAUGGAUUCAGGAGAGGAGCUAUCAAGAAAACGAUGAGCUUGGACAUGCCUACCUCACCAUUCCCAAGAGACGUGCAAGGUGAAGAAGGCGAUGGGUUGGUGAUUGAUCCAGAAGCUAAUAAGGCUAAGAUCUUAGAACUGAAAAAAGACGAGUUAGAUAUCGUGAAACAACUAAAAGUCGACCUUAACGAAAUUCAGAAUCAACUCUCUUCUGUUGAGGAAAAACUAUCCAUCGAAACUUCUACAAAAUCCACAUCGGCAACAGCUAAUAGAAGUCAAGAGGUACUACAGAGCAUUUCGCAACCAUUCAAAGAUAUUCAAAUGGUGUUUGAGUCAUUCGAACAGAAAGAACCUCCUCCUGAAGUAUCGGUUGUGGAGUUGAUCGCUCCUCCCAUAUUUGAUCUACAAAAGAAUCUAUCAGUUGUUGAAAAAUGUUUCGCUGUCAAAGGCAAAGACCAUACAUUGAUACAGAGGACUUGCAGGAACAUCUUAGAGUACUCUGGUUCAAAAAUCCAACAUAGCUUGGAUCUGAUGGAGAAGAUUACCUUGCUGGAGAAAGAACUAGAUUUUACCAAAGGUUCUGGUAGAAUGACUCCUUCGAAGAUCAUCCAAGAGCUUUGCAUUACAAUCAAAGAAAUGCAAGCCGAGCUUAAGAAAGUUGAUGACUUGCUAAAAGACAAAACACAAUCUGCAUUAUCAACAGGUUCAUCAUUAGAAGCAUCGCUGAGCAAAGAUGAUGACCUCUUAGAGAAAUUCUUCGAAAGUGCUGGAAUCGUUAGAAGUGCUCUUGUAAGCUUGGAAAAAACAGUUGCUUACGAGGAUGGGAAUCAAAUGUACGAAUAUCUCGCUCCAGCUAUAGUAGAAAAAGUUUCAGAACCAUUGACAACGCUUGUGAAAGAGCUGAAAUUGCUAGAAAAACAAGCAAUACGAUAUGCCAACGAAAAAUCAUUACAACAAGAAAUCAGGAUAGCACUGCUUGACCAGAUUGGUUUUCUUGUUGUCGAAAUGAACAAAGCGCUUGACACAAUCAACAGUCCGAAGCCUGGAGAGAGACCCUCAGGCAUGGUUAGCUUGAAUGUACUUGAAACAAUGGCAAAUGCUACCGAGGAGAUGAUCAAACGAAUCACAAAAGUGAAGCUGAACGUAGUUCAACAAACGGCUGAGUCAAAAGCGACCACAGCUUCACAGGAAAUCGUCAAAGAGGUAUUUGAAAGAGUUAGCGAUAUAGUGUUCACUAAUAUUACUCAAUCUGUUGAGGAUCUAAUUUUUAAUAUUGAGGCUUGUCAAAAGACCGUCAAGUACACCACAAUACUCGAGGCUUUGAGGCAGCUGGCUAGCCUGCAAAAAGAUCUAGCGACCGCAAUUCAGAAAUCCAAGGACGUCAAAACAGAAUCAACGGUGUCUGCUUUAGAAGCAAUGAGCGAACCGAUACAGUUGUUGAAUAACUUACUGAUGAAUAUCACUCCGAUGACAGAAAAAUACGUCUUGGAAGAUACAGUGUCUCUUUUGAAUAAUCUAGAGGAAAGUAUCAUAGUUGAUGACACGUUACUGGAAAAUAUGGACCUCUGCAUCAUAUUUUCCUCUCUAAGGGGACGAACGUGCGAAGUCAGAGAAAAUAUUUGUGGGCUGACAGAACACAGAACUGAUCUAGAACCACUUGCUGAGGAUACAUCUAGAGAAGGCAAUGUUGUCGUAGUUUUGGAAGAUACUUCCCCAACAGUGAUGCCUAUCCAACUUUUGGAAGAUACUAGGCACAUGCUGAGCAUUAUUGAAGAACAGUGUAUGGAGCCACUGUAUAAACUGACUUUAGAACCAUUCCUGUCCAAAAUGCAAAUGCUGCAUGAUAUCAGCAAUGAAGCUGUUUUAAGAAAAUCUAAAGUAGAUUUAACUGUUGACGAUAGAAUGUCCCUGCAGAAUUUCAUCGUACCAUUGGAGCUUCUUGAAGAUCUCGUCAUAGAAACGCUUGAUUUUCUAGCUAGCCAAGCGGAAAGUCCGUCGAAACGUAAGAUAAUGAAAUCUUUAGAGCAUUUACAAUAUAAUGUCGCAGUGAUGCACCAACAAGUUUUAGACGAGUUCCAACUUGUCCAUCAAGACAAACCGACAUUUGAAGACAUCAAAAUCUGUAUUGCGAACGUUCAGAAUCUACCGAUAAUGACGCAGCAGCUAGAACAAACAUCAGAUCUUUCACAAGAAGUACGAAAAGCUAUCGCUGCGAAUAUCACCGAACUGGAAAAAUGUCUUGCACCGAUAUAUCAGGCGCACGUUGUUGAACAGAUGCCUCCAGAAUUGUUUCAAGUUGCUUCAGAAGUAGUCGAUGCCGUAGAGAAGAUUAAAGCAGGCACAGUUAUGGAGCAAGUGGACCAGCCUGCUACAUUUACUUUGGAAGAUGUCAGACAAAUACAAAGUUUGGCGGAACCGUUGAAAAGGCUAGAUGAAACUAUUACUGAUCUGAGAGAAAAAGAAGAGACGAGAAGAAAAGCGUUCUGUUCUGUCAGGGACCCUCUGAUAGAAAUAGCCACAGUUCUGGAAGAAAUCCCAGAAGAGCUAAAAAUAAGACUGUUUACGAUACACGAGCCUUUGAGAAAUGCUAUUGAGAUUGUUUCUCUUGAAAUGUUUAAUCACGAUAUAGGCCCUGAAGACUACGAGUGCUUAGAAGUGAUUGGUAGUACUGUAAAGGAAUUAAGGGGAUGCAUCCCUGAAAAGUGUACCAUUAGUGAUUUUUCUGCUGUGAUCAAUACGUUAGUGCCGAAGACAAGUAGCCUUUUAGAAACUGUUGACAAAGUAAUGAGUCCUAGUUUGAGACACAUAGCAUAUUCAUUACUCCAAGUUGGAAGCACUAUAAUGGAGACUGUACAUUAUAGCACAUCUUUAGAAGAAAUAUCAACGAUUCAACAUCAUGAAGAAGUAAAGGUACCUGAAGAAGAUACAUCGAAAGAUAAAUCGUCUGGCUCAUUAGAAAAAAUAAACAAAGAACUGAUACAACUGGAAAAAGAAUAUGUAUCAAGUCCUACGCAACCAACUGUGACGCAACUGAAAGAAGCCGUCCAAGCUAUUGAAUCUGUGAUACUUGAAACGGAAUUAGAAACCCAAGAUGUAAAAGAAGUUGAAUCUGCACUGGAAACAUUGCAAGAGGCAUUGGGUGACGUCAAAACAAUGACAGGCGACACUAGAAUUAAGAAACUAGAAGCUAAACUAGAAUCAAUUUCGCUUUCACCUGCCUUAAAAGCUGAGUUAGUUGAGCCCUUGAAAGUUGCAAGCUCUGCCUUAAGUUCUAUAUUAACUAAGGAGAAGCCUAGACUAGCACACUUCGAUGUGUUGGCAGAUAUAAUAGACGAUCUGCAAGCUCAAUCUGAUCCUACACAGCAAACUUUGAAAUCAAAAUUGGAACAAGUGAAAUCAUCUGUCGAAGCGCACUUGGAUAAACUACCAACUGACGUCCUGAAUCAACUUGAUUCUUUAUUAGAACUCCUGGAUGAUGCUAUUCUGAAUAUUUUAACUAGCAAAUCUAGUGGAAAGAGUUUCACAAAUGUUGAUGCAGAUGUUUCAUGCAUAAGGUCAGCAAUAGAAAUAUUCAAACAAACAUCUGACCUGUCACUCGUAAAGGAUAUUGAUGAAGUUUGUAAUAUUAUGUGUCAGCUUGAAGCAGAACAAGCUAUUAAGCCAACGAAAGAAGUUGAAAUAAAGAAGACAAAGAUCAAAUCUUUGCAACAUGUCAGCAGACAAUUAGUUGAGUUAGAACAAAAGUAUAAAGAAACUGCCAAACAUCCUAUUGUAAUUGAUUUAAAAGAAGUCAUUGAGAGUAUUGAAGCGAUAUUGUCUGAACAAAAUCUAGAAGGCCAAGACGUAAAGCAACUCGAAGAGACUUUUGGAAAGUUGAAGGAAUUGUUAAUGUUGAGUAAGACAAAAGAAAGUGCUGUCGAUGUUGAAAAACUAACAAUCGAUAUACAGGGAAUUCAACUUUCACCUGCUCUUAAAACGCAGAUAAUUGAACCUUUGCAAAAAGUCAAUUUAGCACUGGCGUCAAUAAUUACAAGAGAAGAAACUUCAUUACAUUUGCCACAUUUGGAAAAAUUGGCAAGCAUUGUUGCUGAUUUGCAAGUUUCUAGUGAUGCAUCAUUAAAACAGCUAAAGUCGGAUCUAAUUAAUGUUAAACAAUCAGUGGAGUUAGAUCAGGUCAGAAUACCCCCUGGAAUUUCGAAACAAUUGGAAUCAGCGCUUGAGCUUGUAUGCGAUUCCGUACUCAAUAUUAUUUCAUGCAAAGCAAAUGAUACUCCAAUAAGAAAUGUUGAAGCGGAUGUUUCCUCUAUUACAAACGUAUCAAAGAUUUUGAGACAAUCAACUGAUAGUGAACUCUUAUGCACUCGGGCCUUAAAUGAUCUUUGCGAAACCAUGUGUAGAAUAGAAGCCCAAGAUGCUGUAGAACAUGAGGAAAAGAUAAAAUUGGCAAACAAAAAGCAGGAGGUACCCCAAGAAGCAUUAAAAUUGAUACCAGAGAUUAAAAAAGAAAUGUUGAAGAUAGAAGAAACGUACGCAGCUCCGACUAAAAAACCUGCUAUAAAAGAAUUGAAGUCAUCUAUUUCACAAAUUGAAACAGUACUUCAUGAGCAAAAGCUUGAAGCCGACGAAGCAAAGGAAGUUGAACGUACUCUCAAGGAGAUCAAAGAUUUAUUGAGGUUAAUCGACGUGAAAGCCAGAGACAGUGAUAUCAAAAAAUUGGAAUCACAGUUGGAAUCGAUUUCACUUUCUCCUGCUUUGAAACAGAAGUUGGUCGAAUCAAUAGGUAAUAUUUGCUCAGCUUUGGUUCUACUUUAUGCUGAAGAAGAACAAAAACCUCAACUGCAACAUGUUGAGAGGCUGGGACGUAUUAUACGUGAUUUACAGUCUCAUAGCGACGAAUCAUUACGAAUUAUAAAACCAAAAUUAGAGCAAAUAAAAGAACUUGUAGAAUCAGAUUCAGAAAAAUUAACACCUGAACAUCUGAAAUCACUUGAUUCAGUUUUGGAGCUUUUGGAUGACUCUGUCAUAAACAUUAUCAAUUGUAAAUCGAGUGGCAGUAAGCUAAAGAAUAUUAGGACAGAUGCUUCUGUCAUACAAGAAGCAGUUCGUAAAUUAAUAGAGACGGCAAACAUUUCUUUUGCGGAUGCCGUUAAAGAUCUUUGCGAUAUAAUGUGUCAAGUAGAAGCAGAAGGUGAUAAAGCUGAAGAAAAUAAAGUUGCAGUUAAAAAAGCCAAAGAAAAUGCUAAGCCAAUGCAAGAAAUAAUGAAGGAGGUAGCAAAGCUGGAAAAGACAUAUGCUGAAACCAAACAGCCUAUUGUGACAGAGCUCAAAAAAGCUAUGGGAGCAAUAGAGUCUGUUUUGUCUGACCCAAGUAUGGACACUAGCGAUUUGAAAGAAGUAGUAGAUACACUAGGAGUAAUAAAAGAAGUAAUGGCUGAGUUGGAAACUGAGCAUACAGCUAAAGGUGUAGAAAAGCUUGAGGUUAAAAUUGAAAAGACGUCACUUUCAUCUACUAUAAAGGCGCAUCUAUCCGAGCCGUUGAAAGUAGUUUGUACGGCAUUGAGAUCGAUGGUUGCAGAAGAAGAAACGCCAAAGUUAACACUAUCGCACUUAGAUAAACUAGCAAACAUCAUAAAAGAUUUUCAAAAUCAAGGCGAUGCUGCAAUGGAAACGCUGAAACUGAAGCUAGAUGAAAUUAGAAAAUCUGCAGAGCUUGACUCGCAAAAAAUACCAGCAGAAAGUUUAAAACAGCUUGAUGCAAUAUUGGAACUUUUGGAUGAUACGGUCGAUACCAUAAUUUCUAGCAAAGCAAGGGGGAAUAGCUUAGCUAAUAUCGAGGCUGACGUUGCUUGUAUUCAAGCGGCAAUAGAAAAGUUGAAGCAGUCUUCCAACGUUGAACUAUCUCUCGUUAAGCCAGUCAGUGAUAUUUGUGAUACUAUGCAUCAACUGGAAGCACAAGACGUCAUUAAAAAGAGCAUAAGUACAGCUGAAAAUGUCAAGAAGUCGUUGCUAGGCGCUGCUGAGAUUCCGGAAUUGAGCAUUUUCGCUGCUCAGAUAUCGGAGCUAAAAGAUACAUUUAUUGAUAUUGGUAAUAACUUAGAAAAAGCGGAAAGCAUCAACCUUGCUGAAGCAAAACAAGCGAAUGAGAUGAUAGAGGGGCUUGAAAAAAUUCUAGCUGGAGUUGUCGGUGUAAAAACGAACUUAGUACCGGCUGAAGCUAUUAAGGAUAAAAUUGAGGAAAUGACUCACAAAGUUCAAACACUGACAGCUGGCAAUGAAACAUUUGCAUGCAGUGUACAACGUGCUGUAAGCUCUGCUAGUGAUAUUUUAGGCAAAGAACCAGCUAAGCUGGCAUUGAAGAAUAUAGAGGAAACAAAACGGAUCAAGGAGCAACUUUCUAGCCAAGCAACUAUGAACGAAAUUCUCUUUGAGAUAAUAAACUGCAUUCAGACUGUUCCACCUGAUACUGUUUCCGAAACUAUUGACCAACUGGAGGCUGCUGUAGUCGAUUUAAAUACUUCUCUACAAACUCUGACCACGAAUGAAACAGUUGCGCAAAGGGUCCAGCAAAAACCAAACAUAGAAAAAAUGAAUGCACUAGUUUCCAGUUUGAAAAGUACACCUUUGACAUUUACAAUGAUACAUGACUCAAUCAAAGGGUUAUCAGCAAUUAUUGAUAAAUGUAAAGAGGAAUCGAUACAAAUUACGGCAACAGCUGAAAAGUUAGAAGCUAUCAAACACACCAUAGAAGAAGUGGUGAAAAUUCCGGACGUAGAACAUAAAGAUCUGCUUGUUACAGAGCUUAACGAAACCGUUAAAGCUGUUCAAGAGUUGUUUGAAACAGAAUACGACAGCUCUGAUACAGAACAAAUCGAUAAUGUGUUGGAACUGUUGAACUUUGCUGUCGAGAACCAUGUAACUCAAGGAGGUGCAGCUAAAGUCAAAGGAGCGCUAGAGGAGCUGGAUAUCACUCUAAAAUCACUGACCUUGCCAACAGAAUCUGCUGAGGUACUCCUUCAACCGGUAGAACGAUCCAUGGCUAUAUUAUUUGAAGCUGUGCAAGAAAAACCAUCUGAUAAGUUAUCUGAUAAGUUCCAAAUGAUAAAGGAGAUACUUGCUACACUUGAAGCGGAUGACAACGUUCUGAAUGAGCUACAAGCCAGUGCAAACCUCAUAAAAAGUACAGUUGUUGAUAUAAAAAGCGACAAAAUGAUUGCGGACAGAGUUGACAGUAUCUUAAAUACUAUAAAAUCAACUGCAACUGACACGAAUACAUCAUCCAAUGAAAAGCUUGCGACCAUAGUUAGAAGCUUAGUUGAUAUCGCUGCUUCUAUUCCAAUGGCUCCAGAACUGCAGACGGCUUUGGAAAAACUCAGAGAUCUCUCACAAGCAACAGAGAAAAAGACUGUUCAACUAAAACCAAUGCAUUUAGUCGAAGUAAAUGAGUUACCUGCAAUUACUGCAUAUCCAAAGAUAAAGGAAGCGUUGGAGAAGGCACAUGUUGCGUUACUGGAUAUUGAGGUUGCUGAAGGUGAGAUUGAUGCUGUGAAUGAAGCUGUGCGAGCUGUCAAUGAUGUCGUAAAUGCGACUAUAUCUGAAGAAAAAAAUGCAAACUCGAAAGUAGAGAAAAUGCAACUUAUCAUAAAGAAGCUAAAUAAUACUACUGAACAAAUCAAAGUACAAGACUGUUUACAUAAGCUGAGCGCUGCUCUUGAGGAAACUACUAAAGAGCCUUCAGAAAUACAGCAGCAGCAACCAGCAGCUGAGUCAAGGAAGCUUCAAAAUGCCAAUCAGUUGCGAAGCUUGCUCUCACAAAUGAAAGAACAACAUUUUGUAGAGUUGAUAAACUAUCUUGAAGAAUUUAUUGUACUAGCAGAGGAACUUUCUAAGAAUAGUAACACAAACGAAUUUGUUGGCAUUGACAAUGUAUUGGAAAUGAUAAAACUGACUGUUGAAGCUUUGUCGUAUAGCGGAGAAAGUAAGGACAAACUGAAUGCUGCAAAAGAAAGAGUAAAUGAACUAUAUUUUGUUCAAAGUAACUUAAAUGCUUUAGAAAAACUUAAAAUAGCAUUUUCAACGCCGUUAAAUAAUUUGGGUAAUACCAUGUUGCAAGUAUUAGAGCAAGUGGAAAAGCGCACAGUACUAACAUCUGUAGACAAGUGUAUUAGCGCACUUAAAGCAGCAUGUAACUCCUUUACAGGAAGUCAACCGAAGAAACUUUUACCAGAAAAUUUGCACUUCACAAUACCGCUUAUAGAAGAGGACAAACGAAAAGCCGAUUUGAAUAUACUAUCUGACGAUGAUUUGAAUUUUUUGGAAAAUUCGUCAGCACCGAUUGCACUCUUUUGUGAAUACAUUAGUACAGAUACGAGAAGUACAGACGAUGUUUUGCAAGCAUUGACACAGUUUGUACAAUCGAACAAAACAUCUAGCAAAAGUGAUUUGGUAAAGCAUGUAAACCUGAUUAUAAAUAAGGGUUUGUUCUGUUUAAAAGACAUAAAGGAACUUGAGAUAGAAGAGGCGAAUAUAAGGGCACAAAAUAUACAGAUGGUAUCAGAUUCUAUUCAAAAUCUUGCUAAAAGUAUAGCGAGUAUAAAAUAUGCUGAAGUAGACAAGGAAAAGGUUCAGAAUUUGAAAAAGGCAAUGUAUCUACUUCAAACAGCUGUCAAUGACUUAAACGAAUAUUCAUUAGCUGAAUGCGACUUUAGAUUCUUAGAAAAUGUCAGUAAAAUUUUCGACGACAUUGGUUCUUAUGUCACGUCUCUACUUACAUACCAAGAGGUCUCAGUACCUGUUGAAAGGGAACAAAUCAUGAUAUUUUUGGACAUUUUGAACAGAGCAUCAAAAACUGUUAGCGGAGAUUCACCUAUAAAGAAAAUAACACCGUUGUUAAACGAUUUGGUGAACCUCUUGCCUGACGUAGCAUCUCAACUUGAAGUUGCCUACUGCAAUGAGGUUAAGUCGGAGAGAGCAAAGAUUGUUGAAGCAUCUUUAACUGCACUGACGGCGACUAUAACUGAUAAAAAGGAUAUUGACGAAGCAGCAGCUCAACAAAUUCAAAAUUACGCUGACAGUUGUAAGAACCAACUUACUGAGGACGAAAAUAAAUUCGUACAGACAACUAUCUCAAUUUUGAAGUCCUCUGAUGCUAAUAAAUUUGAUCUGUUCCAACAUGAAGUAGAAAAUGCUCCAUUGUCUUCACCAAUGUGUGCCUUUAUGAAAAAAGUUAUAGAAUUUUUGAAAAGAGAACAUGUAAGCAAAAAAGUUUCGUCUAAAAUUGAGGAACCUACAGAGCAGAAUCAAGAAGAAACUCCAGUAUCUGAAACGGCAGAUGAGCCAGAAUCGUUUGAAAUUGUCGAAAUCAUUGAAGAUAAACCACCUCAAGAAGAAAACAAAGUUGUAGAACUGAAACCCAUGAAAGAGACCAAACCAAUUCUAGAGUCUCUAAAAUGUCUCCAAAGUUCAGUUUGCGUGAUCGAAAAGCGUCCAUUGCCAGAGGAAAAAAGAGUUGCUUUGGUUGAUCUAGAAAAGUCUAUAGUUGCCUUAGAAUCAACUAUCCAAGAGAGUUUAGUUGAAAAUAUCAAUCUAACAAAAGAAGACCAUUCAGCUGUAACAGCUGCUAAUAGCACCUUAAAUGAACUGAAUAAGUUUAUGCAGACUGCUGAGGAAGGCAAACAAGAACAACCUGGUGAUGCUACGGUCGAAUCAGUCAAGACUGCAAUUGAAAGUCUAAGAUUAGCUGUAGUUGCGGUGCCAGGUGACUCUAAAAUCAAGCAAGUCAUGGAACCAUUCGAAGAAACUGUCAAAAACGUAAUAAACCUCAUGGAAAACAUUCCGGCAGGAACUGAGGAAAAAACAAAGGCUAGGGAGAUACUGACAGAUGUCAAAGGGACAUUGGAUGCUUGGAAGAUAAAGUUAGCAAAAGACAAAUUGGCUAUAUUAGCUAAAGUCAAAGAUGCACUUUCAGAUCUUGAAAGCACUGUCGAUGAAGCAGAAUUAGCUAACGAUUUAGACUUCAAGACGUUUGAUAUAUUCAACAAGAGCAUAGCAGAAGCAGAUGCAUGUAUUCAAACCCUAAGCAAAGGACCUGAUGUCGGGGCGUUGAAGAAGCCAAAACUACAAUUACAAGAACUGGAUAACCACUUGAGGAACCUGUCUUCUGAAAACAAAACGUUGCCACUAGCCGAGAAAACGAGAUUGUGGAUAGAAAACGUCAUCAACAUUUUUAGUACAGAGAAACCCUCAGAGAAAAUAGUCUGCAAGCCAUUACAAGGUUUGCAAAGUUCUUUGCAAAUCUUGCAAGAAUCAGUUUCAACUAUCGAAUCAAAAUCUGACAACAGAAUUCAAAAAGCGUUCGGUAGCGAACUGCAAAGACCAAUAACGACCAUGCAAUUCAUAGCAGGAACGGUAUUGGAGGAAAAGAAGGAGAAAUUCUCGGCUGACGAUAUACAUUUGCUAAAAAUGACAGAUAAAACGGUUAAAGAGAUUGUCAAAUUGACCGACCAAAUAUAUCUUAAACCUGUCACUCAGCAAUUAGAUCAGUUACAAGCAGACUUAGAGAAUGUAAAAACUCUUUUGGAAAGUAUAAACCAAGAGUCAAAAGUCAAGGACUUUUUGGAGCCAUUAAAUGAUAUCGCAAAAAGUAUAGGAAAAUUGCUAGACAGAGCUGCGUUGAUAAAAGCAGAGGAAGCUAUAAAAGCGGAAAAAAUCUGUGCGGAUCUAUCCAAAUCCUUGGAUAAGUUCAAGAAAUCUGUCGAGAGUUUUUCGACAAAUCUGAGCCCACCUUUGCAACAAGUUGUAUGUGAAAAUGUACUGAAACCUGUACAAGCAAUUAAAUCGUUCAUCGAAGGAGGCGGGAAAGAAAACAUUGGCAUUGAGGAAAUUGAUAGUCUGGAAAAAGUCAUCCAAUCAUUGACAAAAGUCUCGGAAAAUAUUGAUCAGCCGUCUUGCGAAAUUUUGGACCAACUGAGUGAAAGUUUAGAAAUUGCCAUUUUGGAACAAGAACGUAAAGAUUCGUCAAAUAUCGCAGAGAAUUUCGAGCAGCUAAAAGAAUCUUUAGACGUGCUGCAUUUUAAAGAAGAACCACAGCCUGUUUCAGAAUCGUCAAAGUUCGAUGACCUCUCAAGAUGCGUUUCUGAAUUGACCAACUUUUUAAUUAGAUUCAAACAUGUCUCAGCUGGAAAAAUGGACUUGCUCUCUAAUCUCAUUCCAGCUUUACAAAAUUUACAAGCUGAAAUAGAUACGUGUAAAAGUUUACCAGUUUCGGCUGAAGAUGAAGCAAUACUUGUAGAUAUUCAAAAUCAUCUCAAUAAGAUGUACGCCGAAGAGAAUGUCACAGACAUAAAAAAUGUGUCAAAAACUAUAGAUGCUCUACAGAACAAGCUGAUAAGCAUAUGCAUGAAAGCAAUAUUGACGAGCAAUGUUGAAAAAGAAAAAUCUGCGAUGCAGAUUCUUCUAAAACCAUUAGAAGGUUUGUCUAAAGCUAUCAUUCAAAUGCAAAAUAUGCUAUCUAGAAGAAUAGCUCUGCAGAAAACUGCAGAAAAAAUUUGCGAUAACUGUAAGAGGUUUGAGAAGCGACAUAAGAGCUGCAAGAAAUUCCGACGUGUAUUACAAGACUUUGUGAGCCCUUUACAAAAUAUUUGUGCAGUUCUGAAGGGCAAGACUGUAUCUCAACCGUCAGAACUCUUAGAACACAUAAUCGAGGAUUUGAGUAAACUUAAAGACGCCACCGAUAGAGCUCUGGGAAGUAUAAAGGAAGAUAUAGAUAUACAAAAACCUCUAAAGAAGCUUCAACUGGCUUGUAGCGUAGGUUUGAAUACACCUCCAGAUAAUCUUGACAUGAUUGCUAUAUAUGAGAUGAAUGAUAGCAUCAAGAAUUUAGCAGAUCUAUUAGUAGAUAAAGAAAUUUCUACUAAUGCCAAAGAAAUUUUAGAACAGCCUGUAACUGAGCUUAAAGAAGAAAUAAUUGCAUUACAGUCUAAGAUUCUGGAUGUGUCACCAAUGCCAAGUGAGGGCGUUUUAUCUGUCCUUAGCUUAUAUGAUACUUUGGAAUCUUUGACACAGUCGGCUAUUGAAGAAGGUAUAGAAGAAUUUAAGACAGACUCGGAGGAAGUUGCUUGUCUAAAUACCAUACAGGUAUCUUUGCAAAAGCUUAAAGGUAUUGUCGUGUCGACGCAAAUAUCACUUCAAAGACCAAUUAUUACUGAUGUUGAAAAAGCUACGUUAGCAAGUGCCAAGUCCGCAAUUAUGCAAGUUGUUGAACGACUAACGGCUGAGCCAAGACUUGCUCAAAUAGCCAAUUUUGAAGAACCGCUUAAAUCUUUGGUCGGACAAAUAGAGAAUAUUGAAAAUAAUAUGGAGGAAUCAAAAAAUAUGGAGUUUGUCACCCAAGCCAGAACAACUGUGGAAAGACUAAAAUUGGUGAUAGGUUCUUUAAGGGAAGUCGAACCCAAGAAUUUAGCAGAUUCCAAGGUAUUUGUUACGCUGGAAGAGCCAAUCCAAUUUUUACAGGAAACUUUGGAAAAUGCUGCUAAAGUCAUAUCCGCAGGUACAGAUAAUCCUUUGAUGGUGAGUGAUACUGAAACACUUGCGAAAGAAAUAAGUUUAAUAAAUAAUCUUGCAACUGAUUUGGAAGCUAUGGUAACUGCAUUACAAUCAGACGGUUUAAAUAAGGAAGAAAUGAAAACCAAAAUUAUCGAGGACCUGAGGCAUAUCCUUGACGAAACAACGAAAGCACUCGAUGGUACUUCUAAAAAUGUAAUGCUGCAAUACGUUUGUGAGCCCAACAAACUAUUGGCUAUCACCAUAGAACAGAUUCUAAGUUCGAUAGUGACUCAAGUUGAAACUGCUGAAAAAGUAGAAAAGAAAGUUACACUGAAAAAUGUUGAAACAGUCAAAGAAGUUAUACAACCAAUUGAGGCCUUGAAAGGUGAGAUUGUAAAAUUACGAGAGGUGUAUUCAACUGAACCUCAGCAGGGAAUUCUAGCUAUUACUGAUUUAGUAGAACCACUGUCACAGCUGUCAACUGCUAUCCAUCGUUUAGGAGAUGUCGCAGAAUUGAGUGCUCAUGAUCUACCUGCGGAAGAGUUACAACUUUGCAGAACAAUCGAGGAGCCACUGCAAAAGCUCACUAAAGUAGUAGUUGAAAGCAGAACUCUUUUAAAUAAGUCUGGUAAGCUGCAGCUCAAAUUGCCUGCAAUAAAACGUGGCAUAAUUGCAGUUAAAGAACAUCUUGAAAAAAUUAUACAAGCCGUGCCUGAAACUACGCUCUUGCAGACAUUGGUACAUCCUUUACAAGCUCUCAAAGCCACAUUUGGAGAGGUAGAAAAAUCUCUAGAGAAAAAACGUAUGGACAGGGCGCUAGAAGAAAUGGCAGUGGUGGUAGCUGCUUUGAAAACCGAAGUCGAGCACUAUAAAACAGACGUGCUUCCAAAACCGCAGCAAGCACAGGUGUCCAUUGUCGAUAUUGAAAAAUUCCUGUCUGAGAUGGAAAGCGCAAUCGAAAAAGUUGAAGAGGAACACAAAGGUUCUUCUGAUGACUUAGCAGAUCAGCUUCAAGUGUUGAUGCCUGUCAAAGAAUGCAUGCUAAAAUUAACAGCAGUUUUGGUCGAAAGCAAAGAAGCAACUAAGAAACAAGUAUCAGAAGUUGAGAAGCCAAAUGUAGAACAUGCUGUGUUGGCUCUUAAAGAAGAAAUUCAUAAAGUAUUGGCUGAGGCGCCUCAUCCUCAAUCAGUGCAAAUUUGGAUGAUACCACUGGAGUCACUUAGAGCUGUUAUAUCCGAGAUCGAAGGAGAGCAAAGAACAGAAGAAACUGUUGUAAAGAAAAUCGCACCUCGUAGAGAUCUGAAUGCAGUCAAACUUAUUGCAGAGCCUAUUGCAACUCUUACCAGUGAGAUCAGAGAGUUAAAAGCCAAUGUUCAGCAACUUCCACCUACAUUACAAGGAGUGUUGUCUGUUAUCGAAGCAAUUGAUCCCUUAAAUAAAGUAAAUGCUUGCAUUAAACAAAUAGAAAAGUCCCUCAACCAUACCAUUAACGACAUAACUCCCGAGCAAGCAAAGACUGUAGAAAAUUUGGUGAUACCAUUACAAAAACUGUCCGGCAUUAUUGUGAACGUUACUGCAGUGGCUAACUCUACAAAGGAACUACAGCUACAUAAACCAGAAGUGAAAAAAGCCGUACAUGCUGUUAUAGAGCAGUUAGAAGCUAUUCGGCAAGUUGUUUCUCAAUCAGAAUCGCUUAUAGUUCUCGAUCAGCCAGUUAGAGAACUCACAGCGGUAAUUAGCAGUGUUGAACAUAAUUGUACAGACCAAAAACCAAGAAAAGAUAUCCAGGUCUUACAGUCUAUUUCGAUACCUAUAAAAGAAUUGCAAGAAGAGCUGGAUAAAGCACAAGUACAAAUUGAAGAACUGCAAGUCAAACCUAGUCAAGGUGUUCUGUCCAUAGUUAAUAUCUCUACACCUUUAACUGAAAUUCUUACUUCUGUUAAAACUUUGGAGAGCAUAUGCGAUGAAUCCAUCCCAGAUAUUGAUGAAGAACAAGCUGGUACUGUAGCUCUACUUGCACAACCAUUACAGAAACUGAAAUUUAUUGUCACAACUUGCAGGGAAGUACUGAGUAAGCCCGAAGAAGUUGAAUUGCAAAAGCCAAAUAUUAAAGAUGCUCUUUUAGCUCUGCAAGAAGAAUUGACUAAAGUGAUACAAGUGAUACCUCAAACCAUCUCUUUGCAAACAUUGCAAUCUUCUGUAGAGGCUCUAAGUGACGUUUUAAAGGCAAUUGAGGCUUCUUUGGAAGAGCGACCUCCAAGAAAUGAUUUGCAGGCCAUAAAUGAGGUCAUUCAACCACUGUAUUUGUUAGAAAGCCAAGUAAAACAACUCCGAGCUAAAAUUGAAGAAACUAAGCAACCAGUUCACGGUGUACUAUCAAUUGUUGCAAUCGCUUCAUCUCUAUCUGAAUUAUGUUCAAUCAUGAGUGAUAUUGAUCUCAAUGUUGUUGAAUCCUUAGAAGAUAUUAGUCCAGAACAAACACAAGUGCUCGUAUCACUCUCUGAAGGUAUAAGGAAGCUAGAGGCAGUUGUUAUAGAAAUAAGUCCAAUGCUCACCAAACCGAAAAAAUUGGAAAUGCAAAAACCGAAAGUCAAACAGGCUAUAAUGGCACUGAAAGAACAAGCAAUUGCAGUUUUACAAGUAGUAGAACAAGCAAAGUCUUUGAAAACUAUCCAAACACCACUCAACGCAUUUAUAGCCAUACUUGAACAAAGUGAAGAACCGUUUGUCGCUAAAUUACCUAGAAAUGACUUAGCCGCAUUGAAAGAACUGUCACAUCCCAUUGCUAUAUUAGAAAAUAAGGCAACGCAGCUACAAAUGAAAACCGAGCAACUUGCAUUGCCUUUACAAGGAGUUCUAUCAGUGGUAGAAAUAGCAGCUCCCCUAGCAGAACUUACUUCGUCUAUCCAGAGCUUGGAAAUUAUGGUUGACGAAGAAUUGAAGGACAUUACUCCAGAGCAGGCCAAAGUUAUGACGUCACUGAAAGAACCAAUGGAAAAGCUGAUAGCUGUGAUUGCUGAUAGUAUCACGCUUGUAAGCAAACCGAAAGAGUUGGAAGUGCAAAAGUCGAAGAUGCAGCAAGCGGUGCUGGCAUUGAAAGGAAAAACUGAAGCACUCACAGAGAUUGUUAAGCAGGUACAGCCAUUAAAAACGUUGCAGACACCGUUGGUAGUUUUAAAUGCAGCUUUAAGUAAUAUUGAAGAAGCAUGUGCGGAGAAGGUUCCACGCAACGAUGUUUGCGCUCUAGAAAAAAUUGCACAACCUAUUUCGGUGCUAAUACAACAAGUAAAGACAUUACAAUCUAAGAUUGAUAGGGCUCCACAACCUAUACAAGGUGUUUUGUCAGUUACUCAAAUUGAACCAUCUCUAGAGGAACUGACCAAUUCUAUUCAUAGUACCAAAAACGUGGCUGAAACUGCAGCUGACAUCACGCCUGAACAAUCAGAAACAGUAAAGUCAUUGGUAGAACCAGUACAGAAGUUGACAGCAUUAAUAUCGAAGACUUCUUCUGUCCUAGCUAAACCAGAAGAUGUGGAAGCGCAAAAACCUGAAAUGGAACAAGCAGUGCUUGCCACAAAAUCUCAACUAGAAAAAAUAUGCGUUGUCGUGGAUCAGGUUCAGUCACUAAAAAUCCUCAAACUACCGUUGCAAGCUUUAACAGCUGCUCUUGGGCAUGUUGAAGAGGCUUGUAAAGAGACGGUACCUCGUAAGGACAAACAGGCAUUCCAAGAUCUUGCUCAACCCGUUUCGUUGCUAAUGCAAGAAGUACAAACAUUACAAUCUAUGAUCGAUGAGGCCGCACACCCUAUACAGGGUGUUCUAGCAGUUACUGAAAUCGCAACACCUCUAGGAGAGCUAUCCACUGCUAUCCAGAGUGCUGAUCACACUGCUGACACGGUAGCGGAUAUUACAACUGAACAAUCUCAAGCGAUGAUUGCAUUAAAGGAACCAAUGCAGAAAUUGAUUGAACUAGUGGCAGAAACCACAACUCUCUUAACCAAUCCUGAACAAAUGGAAAUACAAAAACCCGAUAUGAAGCAGGCCAUUAUUGCCAUGAAAUCGCAGGCAAAGAAAACGAGCCAAGUUGCGACACAGGCCCAAUCACUGAAAAUCCUCGAAAUACCGUUGCAAGCUUUAACAGCUGCCUUUGGGCAUGUUGAAGAGGCUUGUAAAGAGAAGGUACCUCGUAAGGGCAAACAGACAUUGCAAGAACUUGCUCAAUCUAUCUCUAUACUGACACAAGAAGUAAAAAGAUUACAAACGCACAUUGAUAAGGUUCCACAACCUAUACAGGGUGUUCUAACAGUUUCUGAAAUCGCGGCACCUCUAGCAGAACUAACCACUGCUAUCCAAAGUGUUUAUAAAAUCGAUGAAACUGUAGCUGACAUUACGCCUGAACAAGCACAAGUACUGAAAUCAUUGGAAGAACCAAUGCAGAAACUUGCAGCAGUAGUUAAAGAGGCCACAUCUCUCUCAGCCAACCACGAAGAACUAGAAGUACAAAAAUAUGAUUUGGAACAAGCUGUUCUUGCCAUGAAAUCUCAAGUAAAUAAGGUAGGCAAGGUUACUACUCAAUCUCAGUCACUCAAAGUUCUCGAAUUGCCAAUACAAGCUUUAACAGCUGCUCUUGUACAUAUGGAAGAAGCGUGCCAGGAAAAGGCAGUUCGUAGAGACAAACAGUCACUACACGAACUUCUUCAACCCAUUUCGCUGUUAGCACAAGAAGUUAAGACAUUACAAUCCAAGAUCGAUAACGUUACACAACCUACACAAGGUGUUUUAUCAGUUAUUGAGAUUGCAGAACCUCUAGCAGAAUUAACCACUGCUAUGCAAAGUCUUGAUGGUAUCGCUGAUAAUAUAGCUGGCAUUACACCUGAACAAGCACAAGUAUUCAUGUCAUUGGAAGAAUCAGUGCAGAAGUUGACAGCUGUUGUCGUAGAUACCACAGCAGUUGUUCAUAACCCUAAAGAACUAGAAGAUAAAAAGGAGGUAAUGAAACAAGCAGUUAUUGCUGUCAAAGCGCGCGCCGAGCUUGUUUUUCAAAUAAUUUCUAAAGCAGAGUCACUAAGAGUUCUUGAACUACCUUUGAAUAAAUUUAAAGCAAUCCUCAGCCAAAUUGAAGAAGCUUCUUCAGAUAAAUCACUUCGAAACGAUACAAGGGCAAUGCAGGACUUGGCACAACCUAUUUUACAAUUAAAACAACAAGUGCAAACGUUACAAACACGUAUAGAUACAAUGCUUCUACCACUGCAAGGCGUUUUGUCUGUGAUAGAAAUCGAACCACCACUGACAGAACUAGCAUCUGCUAUACAAAAUGCACAAAGUAGUCGUGUCGUUGCUACAAAAGACAUUUCACCAACAGAGUAUCAAACAUUAACAUCACUGAAAGAGCCAUUGCAAAGAUUAGAAACGGUUAUCAUUGAAACUGUGCAACUAGCAGAUAAGCCACACGAGUUGGAGUUGCUAAAGACCAAGAUGAAAUGUACAUUAUCAGAUCUUAAACAACAGAUAAAGAUUGUGAGUCGAACAGUUUCAAUGGCACGAGCCUUAGAAGCCAUCGAUCAGCCUUUACAGUUACUCAAUGCGGCGAUUGAGCAUAUCGAAGAAUUUUUAGAGGAGAAGCCAAAAGAUGUGACAGACCAAGAAGAAAACCUUGAAAAAGCAGAACCAGAAAGUGUAAAACCUGAACAAGGAAAAGCAAAAGAAGUAAAGCAAGAGACCAAAGUAGAAGAAUCUAAUGAAGCAACGCAGGAAAAACAACAACGGAAGGAUAUCGAAGUAUUGGAAGUAAUUGUUAGUCCUGCAAAACAUCUUAGAGAAAAACUGCUAAAAAUUCAUUCAAAUAAUAAAGAACGAGAAGUGGUGCAACAUAUCGUUGAAGCUGAAGCACCGAUUUCAGAAAUGUUAACUGCAAUCGACUUUUUGAAGAAAGUUUGUGACGAAUCUGUGCAAGACAUUACCUUACAGCAAGCAGAAGUUGUCGCAACCUUAGUACAACCUCUGUUAAGCUUGAUAUCUGUUAUAGAUAAAAUACAAAGAAGUAUCUCUGCGGAUAAACUGGAUGAAGUGAUACCAGAAAUAGUUGAAACUGGCAGUGAUCUGAAAGAUCAUAUACAAAAUGUCAUCCAAGUUGUUCUGCAGUCACAUUCCCUUCAAACGAUCCAUAUGCCUUUAGUAGAUCUCCAAGGUGUCUUGGAUCGAAUGAAGAAAUCUUUGGAGAAAGGAGAACCGAGAAAAGAUCUUAUAGCUAUCAAAAACAUUGUAGAGCCUGUUUCCCAGCUUCAAACAAACAUAUCUCAGCUGAAAAUCAUUUCAGAACAGUUAGGCUUAACGCCCCAACAAGGUGUACUUUCCGUUAUUGAAACUUCAAAGCCUUUGAACGAAAUAUACGCUGCACUAGAAUUACUGGAAGCUACUUGUGACGAGUCGAUACCCGAUAUAAGCAUAGAGCAGCAGGAAAAUAUAUCGUCUCUAAAAGAACCACUACAAAAACUCGAUUCAAUCAUUGCUCAAUGUGCACCAUUGCUGUCAAGGCCUAACGAAUUAAUUAUACUAAAACCUAAAAUGAAACAAGCUAUUAAUGCGUUGAAAGGACAUGUUCAACAAAUAAUUUCUGAAAUACCUCUAACUCUACAGACUCUGUCAGUUUCUCUAGAAAUAAUGAAGGGUGCUUUGGAACACGUAGAAGAAGUGUUAGAACAAUCAGAUGAGAUAAAGAAGAUAAGAAAUGAUGUCCACGCUAUCCAAGAAAUCCUUGGACCCGUUGCUAAGUUGCAAGAAAAUAUAAACAGGAUGCGGGUUAAGUCUGAAGAACUGACAGUAACUCCUCAGAAGGGUGUGUUAUCUGUAUUGGAGGUUGCUAUGCCUUUAGCUGAAUUUUCAGUUUCAAUAGAAGAGCUGAAAAGCACUAUAAAUGAAUCAUGUACUGACAUAAGCAUAAGACAACAACAAAACGUACAGUCUCUAAAAGAACCAUUAGAAAAACUAGAUGCAUCAGUUAUAGAAAUCAUGGAGGUACUUAGUCAACCACAACGGUUAGAGUUGGAGAUACCUAAAAUGAAGAUGGCAAUUGCUGCCUUAAAAAUGCAAAUUGAAAAAGUUUCUUCAGACAUUCCACACAUGAAAAGUCUAGAAAUAAUAUCAGUGCCUCUGAAAACUUUUGAAGCAACCAUAAACUAUGUAGAAGAAACGUUAAACCAAGUAGAAGAAGAGAGAAGAGACCUUAAAGUUAUCAAAGAAAUCACAGAACCUGUUGUAAAGCUUAAAGAAAACUUGACCCAAAUGCAAUGCAAGUCUGAGGAACUUGCUUUGACUCAGCAAGGCGUUCUUUUUAUUGUAGAAGUAGCUCAACCGUUAUCUGAAAUGGCUGAAACAAUAAAAAAAUUAGAAGCUUCAUGUAAUGAGGCUGUUGUUGAUAUUGCACUUGAACAUCAAGAAAGCCUCGUUGCUCUUAAAAAUCCACUUGAAAAACUGGCGGCUACCGUUGUCGAAAGCACAAAAUUGCUAUCAAAGCCAGAGGAGCUAGAGCUGGAAAAACCUAAAAUGAAGAAAGCUGCAGUUGCGUUGAAGGAACAUAUCGAAAAAGUUGCCGCAGACAUUCCUCAAAUGAAGAAUUUCAUCGUAUUAUCCGCGCCUUUGGCAGCUAUCAAAACUGCUAUUGAACAAGUUGAAGAAGCUUUAGAGGAAACUGGUGAGCAGAAGCCUAGAAAAAUUUUUGUGGCAGUAAAAGAAAUUAAAGAACCUGUUAUCAAGCUUAAAGAAGCGAUUGUUCGGAUGCAGGCGGAAUCUCAAGUUCUUGGUGUGAAACUCCAACAAGGUGUUCUAUCAGUUGUAGAAGUUGAUAAGCCUCUUGCUGAUCUUUGCAACUCGAUUCAAAUAGUCGAAGCUGGAUGCGAUAAAUCAACUAUUGACGUUACUUCAGAACAACAAGAAUGUCUCAGAAAUUUAAAAGAACCUCUGGAAAAUCUGACAGCUGUUAUAGUAGAAAGUACAACAAUGAUUAGCAAUUUCAAAGAACUAGAUGUGGUGAGGCCAAAAAUGAAAAAAGCUGCGGUGGCAUUGAAAGAACAAAUCGAAAAGGUAACUGCCGAUAUUCCGAAGAUUCAAGCACUAUAUGUCCCUUUAAAUGAUAUGAAAACAGCAAUCGAACACGUAGAAGACGCUUUGGGGAAAUCUGAAGAAAAGCCACCAGGAAGAGACAUCAAAGCUAUCAAAGAAAUUGCUGAACCAGUAUCUAAAUUACAAGAAAAUAUUAAGCAAAUGCAGAUAAAGGUGCAGGAACAUAGAGUUGCUCCUCAACAAGGUGUACUUUCUAUUUUAGAAGUAGCAAAACCUCUCUCUGAAAUGUCUGCCUCGAUACAAAAAUUGGAACUUGCGCUGGACGAGUCGUCCGCUGAUAUAACACCAGAUCAACAAGAGACAGUGUCUUCUUUGAAAGAACCACUGCAAAAACUCUCAGCUUCAAUUGUUGAUGUUACGAAUUCGUUGGUCAAGUCUCAGAAGCUUGAAGUGGAAAAACCAAAGAUGCAGCAAGCUGUGUCUGCUUUGAAAAAGAAAAUCGAGAAAGUAGCUAUGGCCAUGCCACAAAUGGCUACGUUACAAACCCUGUCCGUGCCUCUUGAUGCCAUGAAAGCUGCGAUUGAGCACGUAGAAGAAGCUUUGAGAGAAGCUGAGGAAAAAGCUACACGAAGAGACAUCAACGCUAUUAAAGAAAUUGCUGAACCAGUGUCCAAAUUGCAAGAAAACAUCAAGCAAAUGCAGCUUAAGUCACAAGAACUUGGAGUUGCCACUCAGCAAGGUAUUCUUUCUGUUCUAGAAGUAGCAAAACCUCUAUCUGAAAUGUCUGCCUCGAUAGAAAAAUUGGAAGUUGCGCUGGACGAAUCGUCUGCUGAUAUUACACCAGAUCAACAUGAAACAGUGUCUUGCUUGAAAGAACCACUGCAAAAACUCUCAGCUUCAAUUGUUGAUGUUACGAAUUCGUUGGUCACAUCUCAGAAGCUUGAAGUGGAAAAACCAAAGAUGCAGCAAGCUGUGUCUGCUUUGAAAGAGAAAAUCGAGAAAGUUGCAGUGGCCAUACCACAAAUGGCUACGCUACAUACCCUGUCCAUCCCCCUUGAUGCCAUGAAAGCUGCAAUUGAACACGUAGAAGAAGCUUUGAGAAAAGUUGAGGAAAACGCUCCACGAAGAGACAUCAACGCUAUUAAAGAAAUUGCUGAGCCAGUGUUCAAGUUGCAAGAAAAUAUCAAGCAAAUGCAGCUUAAGUCACAAGAACUUGGAGUUCCCACUCAGCAAGGCGUUCUCUCUGUUUUAGAAGUAGCAAAACCUCUCUCUGAAAUGUCUGCCUCGAUACAAAAAUUGGAACUUGCGCUGGACGAGUCGUCCGCUGAUAUUACACCAGAUCAACAAGAAACAGUGUCUUGCUUGAAAGAACCACUGCAAAAACUCUCAGCUUCAAUUGUUUAUGUUACGAAUUCUUUGGCCAAAUCUCAGAAGCUUGAAGUGGAAAAACCAAAGAUGCAGCAAGCUGUGUCUGCUUUGAAAGAGAAAAUCGAGAAAGUAGCUGUGGUCAUACCACAAAUGGCUACGUUACAAACCCUGUCCAUCCCCCUUGAUGCCAUGAAAGCUGCAGUUGAGCACGUAGAAGAAGCUUUGAGAAAAGUUGGGGAAAAAGCUCAUCGAAGAGACAUCAACGCUAUUAAAGAAAUUGCUGAACCAGUGUCCAAAUUACAAGAAAAUAUCAAACAAAUGCAGAUUAAGUCACAAGAACUUGGAGUUCCAACUCAGCAAGGCGUUCUCUCUGUUGUAGAAGUAGCAAAACCUCUCUCCGAAAUGUCUGCCUCGAUACAAAAAUUGGAAGUUGCGCUUGAUGAGCGGUCUGCUGAUAUUACGCCAGAACAGCACGAAAUAGUAUCCUCUUUGAAGGAACCACUACAAAAACUCUCAGCUUCAGUUACUGACAUCAGUAGUUCUCUCUCUAAACCUCAGAAACUAGAAUUAGAGAAGCCAAAAGUGAUGAAAGCUGUUGGAGCUCUAAAAGAACAACUUCAAAAAGUUUCUUUGGAGAUACCACAAAUGAAAUCCUUGCAAGUGUUAUCCGUUGCUAUAGAUGACAUGAGAGCAGCUAUAUCACGUGUUGAAGAAGGAUUAGGUACACCUCAGCCAAGGAAUGAUAUUGAAUCACUUAAACAACUCAUCAUUCCUAUAGAGAAUUUAAAAAUAGAAAUUACUAAACUUCACUCUAAAACUAAAUCGGUGGCACAAGAUGCAACCUUUUUUGUAAUUGAUGUUCGGGAACCAUUACAUAAUCUUUCCUCAAGUAUCUUGAAGCUUGAAAAAGUAUGUGAUGAUUCAGUAAAAGAUAUCACAGAAGAACAAGCCACGAUUGUAAGAAAUUUGGUAAAUCCAUUGCAAACGUUUCAAUUGGUUAUUCAAGAGAUCAUUAAUGUAGCUAAUAGUACAACACAGCUGAAUCAGCUGAAGCCAAAAGUUUCAGAAUCAGCAAUAGUCUUGAAUGAAGAAUUACAAGGACUUAUCGAAGUUUUGCCACAGAUGCAAUCUCUGCAAAGUCUUGAUUUAGACUUGACAUCUCUCAGCUCUGUUCUGGAACAUAUCCAAGCUCAAGUGGCCGUUAAAUCAGUAAAAGUAGUUGCAAAUGAUGCUCUUAACGUCAUGAGGCAGUUGAAGUUACCAGUUGCACAACUACAAGAAGAAAUGAAAAUAAUGAAUUUGAAUAUCGACAAACUGUCUGAAAAUGACUUGAUAAUAUGCUCUCUCAAAUCUCCUCUAGAUGAACUAGGAGCUGUUUUAGCAAAAAUGGAGAACCGAGUUUUAAAAACGCCCGAAGACAUUCCAUCCCUAUUUCUGUCUCAGUUAGAAAAUUCUGUACCACCGCUCGAGGAUAUGCUCAUAGAGUUUGUGAAGAUAAAUUCUCGACUAGAGAAGGAUGUACCUUCUGAAGAUUACGCUAGCUUCCUUAAAACAGUCUCAAGACUACAAGACAAAUUCCAACCAGUUUUGUUACAACCCAUUCAAAGCAGGACAGUUGAAGAGUUGGUAAUACCAUUGCAAUCUUUAAUAGAACAACUUUCACUAGUAAAGGAUAAGUUGGUAUCUAUAGUACAGAUAGAACAUCAAAAACUUGCGUCUUCAGUGCUGGAGCCUAUCUUAUUAGUGAAAAAAGAAUUAGAUGCACUACAUGCUGAUUUGGCAAUACUGCCUGCAGCAGUUCACAACGCAGUGCUUACAAUAGUCAAGUUAGAUCAGCCAGUUUCAGAAGUCUUGCUAACUUUGGAGAAAGACAUUUCUACAUCGGAUGAGAUGUCUAAACUAGUAAAAGAUACAGCUCAGUCACUUAAGAGCUCUAUGAGAAAAAUAGAGAACGCUAUCAAGACCAUAAAAUCAGUUAUGAGCAGUGAAAAGUUGACUAUAUUGGAGCUGCCUGUGCUUUGUAGCGAUAUGCAAAUCGUUAGGGAAUUUCUGCAACGUAUAGACUCUGAAGGGGUUUUCCACAAGCUGAAGAUAGCAAAGCCAAUGAAAGACGUAGAAAACGCCGUUUGUGAGAUAAUAGAAGAAUGCAAUAAAGAAAGGUUAGAUUCCAAGUCUCUUGCUAGUCUUCAGGAUUCAUUAAGUAACUUGAAAACUUCUCUAUCCACGUUGCAGUCAAAGAAAAAAGACUUUAUAGUUAUGAACCAGGAUAAUAUUUUGCUUUUGGAUAAAAUACAAUCACCUGUAAACCAACUCAUAGAUAAUACUGUUCUUGCCAAAGAGAUCAGUGAUAACACUAGCGAUUUUUCAGCUGAUUAUGUCAGUAAAAUCAACAACUUAUCCGAUACAUUUGCCAUGUUGAACAUUUUUGUUGACGAUGUUUGCAAAGAGACAAAUACGCUGAAGGAUAUUCCACUGUACGAAAAGGAGUUGUGCUUGAUGUUACAUAGUAUAAAUGAUGCUCUAAAUGAAGUGUCUGAAAGUGUGAAACUUAACGAUAAAAUUGAAAUUUUAUCGCAGGCAACAAAACUCUUCGAAGAUGCAGUACGUGAUUUAAUCAGCAUUUUGGAGAACAAAGCGAUACAGAAAAGAAAAGAUAUGAUGUUUUUGUCUGGGUUAUCAAAUGAAGUGAAAGAUAUAAAAAUGGUGCUACAAAAGGCUGUUAGUCCAAUAAAAAGGUUAUCUACAAGUUUCAGUGCUGUUGAAGAAAGUAUAUUGGAUGACCAAAGAUACAUAAUUUCAGAAAAACCAGAUGACUUUCCAGAGAACGUAACCAACAAUCUUAUUUUAGCGAGAAAUUUCAAAAACUUGUCUUCCGCUAUUGAACAAAUCAACGCGGAAAAUUAUAAAGAUAACAAAAACAAUGUCUUGUAUGUUUUGAGUAACCUGAAUCAAAGUAUUCAAAGCACCAAGAGUUUAUUUGCUGAUAUGAAAUCAGUCGGCAACUUAAAUAUGUCUCUUGGUGUCUUGUACGAAGACAUUUCUGCACUCAUAGAUGCGACUGAAAAGGAAAUCGAAAACUUAGAACUAGAACAGGAAGACAAGGAAGAAGCCGAAAAGAAAAAUAUAGACGAGGAAGCAAAAAAGAAGAAAGGAGAGGAGGAAAUCGAGAAGAAAGCUAAAGAAGAAUCAGAAAGAAAGUUGAAAGAAGAAGUAGAGCAAAAGGUAAAGAUUGUAGCCGAAAAUAAAAAGAAGGAAGUUGAUGCAUUGAAAAAAGCAGAAAAGGAGGAAGCAGAAAAGAAAGCAAUAGAAGAGUCUGAAAGAAAGUUGAAAGAAGCAGAACAAAAAGCAAAAUAUGCCGAAAAGAAAAAGAAAGAAGAGCCGGCCAAAAAGGAGAAGGAAAAGGAAGAUGCUGAGAGGGAGGCUAAAGAGGAAUCGGUAAGAAAGUUGAAAGAAGAAGCAGAACAAAAAGCAACGGAAGAAGCCGAAAAGAAAAAGAAAGAGGAAGCCAAAAAGAAGAAAGACAAAGAAGAAGCUGAGAGCAAGGCUAAAGAGGAAUCGGAAAGGAAAAUGAAGGAAGAAGCAGAACAAAUUGCAAAUUAUGAACUUGAAAAGAAAAAGAAAGAGGGGGAGUCUAAAAGGGAGAAAGAAAAAGAAGAAGCUGAGCGGAAGGUUAAAGAAGAAUCAGAAAGAAAAAUGAAAGAAGAAGCAGAACAAAAUGUAAAGGAUGAAACCGAAAAGGAAAAGAAGGAGGAGGAGUUCAAAAAGAACAAAGAAAAAGAAGAAAUUGAAAGGAAGGCAAAAGAUGAAUCGGAAAGGACAAUGAAAGAACAGGCAGAACAAAAAGCAAAGGAUGAAGCUGAAAAGAAAAAGAAACAGGAGGCCAAACAGAAAAAAGAAAAAGGAGAAGCUGAGAGGAAGGCUAAGGAGGAAUUGGAGAGGCAAAUGAAAGAAGAAGCAGAACAAAACGCAAAGGAUGAAGCCGAAAAGGAAAAGAAAGAGGAGCAGUUCAAAAAGAACAAGGAAAAAGAAGAAACUGAAAGGAAGGCUAAAGAGGAAUCGGAAAGGACAAUGAAAGAACAAGCAGAACAAAAAGCAAAGGAUGAAGCUGAAAAGAAAAAGAAACAAGAGGCCAAAAAGAAAAAAGAAAAGAAGAAGCUGAGAGGAAGGCUAAAGAGGAAUCGGACCGGAAAAUGCAAGAAGAAGCAGAACAAAAAGCAAAGGAUGAAGCCGAAAGGGAAAAGAAAGAGGAAGAGUUCAAAAAGAACAAAGAAAAAGAAGAAGCUGAAAGGAAGGCUAAAGAGGAAUCGGAAAGGACAAUGAAAGAACAAGCAGAACAAAAAGCAAAGGAUGAAGCUGAAAAGAAAAAGAAACAAGAGGCCAAAAAGAUAAAAGAAAAAGAAAAAGCUGAGAGGAAGGCUAAAGAGGAAUCGGACAGGAAAAUGAAAGAAGAAGCAGAACAAAAAGCAAAGGAUGAAGCCGAAAGGGAAAAGAAAGAGGAGGAGUUCAAAAAGAACAAAGAAAAAGAAGAAGCUGAAAGGAAGGCUAAAGAGGAAUCGGAAAGGACAAUGAAAGAACAAGCAGAAAAAAAAGCAAAGGAUGAAGCUGAAAAGAAAAAGAAACAAGAGGCCAAAAAGAAAAAAGAAAAAGAAGAAGCUGAGAGGAAGGCUAAAGAGGAAUCGGACAGGAAAAUGAAAGAAGAAGUAGAACAAAAAGCAAAGGAUGAAGCCGAAAAGCAAAAAAAAGAGGAGGAGUUGAAAAAGAACAAAGAAGAAGAAGAAGCUGAAAGGAAGGCUAAAGAGGAAUCGGAAAGGGAAAUUAAAGAACAAGCAGAACAAAAAGCAAAGGACGAAGCUGAUAAGAAAAAGAAAGAAGAGGCCAAAAGGAAGAAAGAAAAAGAAGACGCUGAGAGGACAGCUAAAGAAGAAUCGGACCGAAAAAUGAAAGAAGAAGCAAAACAAAAAGCAAAGGAUGAAGCUGAAAAGAAAAAGAAAGAAGAGGCCAAAAAGAAAAAAGAAAAGGAAGAAGCUGAGAGGAAGGCUAAAGAGGAAUCGGACAGGAAAAUGAAAGAAGAAGUAGAACAAAAAGCAAAGGAUGAAGCCGAAACGCAAAAAAAAGAGGAGGAGUUGAAAAAGAACAAAGAAGAAGAAGAAGCUGAAAGGAAGGCUAAAGAGGAAUCGGAAAGGGAAAUUAAAGAACAAGCAGAACAAAAAGCAAAGGAUGAAGCUGAUAAGAAAAAGAAAGAAGAGGCCAAAAGGAAGAAAGAAAAAGAAGACGCUGAGAGGACAGCUAAAGAAGAAUCGGACCGAAAAAUGAAAGAAGAAGCAAAACAAAAAGCAAAGGAUGAAGCUGAAAAGAAAAAGAAAGAAGAGGCCAAAAAGAAAAAAGAAAAAGAAGAAGCUGAGAGGAAGGCUAAAGAGGAAUCGGACAGGAAAAUGAAAGAAGAAGCAGAACAACAAGCAAAGGAUGAAGCCGAACAGGAAAAGAAGAACAAAGAAAAAGAAGAAGCUGAAAGGAAGGCUAAAGAGGAAUUAGAAAGAGAAUUGAAAGAACAAGCAGAACAAAAAGCAAAGGAAGAAGCUGAAAAGAAAAAGAAAGAAGAUGCCAAAAAGAAGAAAGAAAAAGAAGAAGCUGAGAGGAAGGCUAAAGAGAAAUCGGACAGGCAAAUGAAAGAAGAAGCAGAACAAAAAGCAAAGGAUGAAGCCGAAAAGAACAAGAAGGAGGAGGUCAAAAAGAAGAAAGGAAAAGCAGAAGCCGAAAGAGAGGCUAAAGAGGAAUCGGAAAGGAAAAUGAAAGAUCAAGCAGCAACAAAAACAGAGGAUGAACAUGGAAAUAAAAAGAAGGAAGAGACCAAAGAGAAGAAAGAGGAAGAAGCUGAUUGGAAGACUAAAGAGGAGUCUGAAAGUAAAAUGAAAGAAGAAGCAGAACAAACAGCAAGGGAUGAAGCCAAAAAUAUAAAUAAAGGGGAGGUCAAAAAGAAGAAAGGUAAAGUGGAAGCUGAGAAGAAGGCUAAAAAGGAAUUGGAGAAAGAGUUGAAAGAAGGAGCAGAAUCAAAAACAAGAGAUAAGGUCGAAAACAAGAGGAAGGGAGGUGAUGCGAAAACGGAAGAAGAAAAGGAUGAAGCCAAAGGAAAGGUUAAAAGAGGAUUAGAGCUGAGCACAAGAGAAGAUGAAAAGCAAAAGAAAGAAUGGCCCAAAAAGGAGGAGGAGGACGAGGCAGAAAUGACAUUAGGAGAAGAAGUCGGGAAGGAAAGGGAGGAAAAGGAGGCCAAAAUGGACAAAGAAAAGGAUGAAUCUGAGACAAAAGCCAAACAUGAAAAUAAAUUUAAAGAGGAAACUGAAAAGAAAAACGAUGCGAUCAAAAAGGAGAAAGAAAAGAAGGGAUUAGAAGUUGAACCAACGGAAAAGUCAGAUAGUUCGAAGGAGAAAGACGUAAUCGAAGGUAAGAAGGAAAUAGAACACUUUAGAAAACGAUCUGUUGAUAAAGUUGGCAGGAAGAAGUCAGAGGCAUCCAAAAUCAUGACUCAAGAGGUUUCUGAAAUUAAAGUCAGUCAUGAGAAAGAGACCAAAUCAGUUGAACUACGCGAAACAUACAAUGGACAUCGCGACGACAGCAUGAGCUCAGAGUCUCUUUCUGAAGCUGACAGAGUCAGAGUUAGAGACACCACCAGAAAGAUAUACGACAUGGGCCUCGAUAUUUACAAGCCAUUGUCAUACCAUGGACCACGGCUUGCAGAAAAGAAACCAUUGUUCACCACAGAUUUGACUAGUCGAACAGCCACAGUCGGUUGUAGAAUAAAAAUGACUUGCAGCGUCAUAUCUGAGGGUCCAGUAGACAUUCAGUGGAUGAAGAAUAAAGAGCCAAUACACGAUGAAACCAAGUAUUAUAUGGUGUACUCAAAUAACGUAGCUACUUUGGAGAUUUUAAACACAACGCUGACAGACUCUGCUGAGUACUCUUGUCUAGCUAGAAACGAGCAUGGAGUGAGCAUCAGUUCAGCAAGUCUGACAGUUGUCAAAUGUUUUGAUCCAACACGUACUCCGCCUGUAUUCACGAGACCAAUUAGAGAACAUUAUCGUAUCUCUAAUGAUGAACUCACUCUGGAAUGCAAGAUCAGGAGCCAACCUACGCCGACGAUACGCUGGUUCAAAGAUGGAGAAGAACUAGGAACAGGACUUCGGCACUCUCAUAGUUACUCAGCUGAUGGAAUUUGCAAACUGUUCAUAAAGAGUCCCGAGGAUAGCGAUAGUGGCAGGUACACUUGCAAGGUUGAGAGUAAUUCUUGGAGCGACCAAGUGUCCCAUGACGUUAGAUUUUCUAACAAAGAAGAGCAUAUUCGGACUAGAACUGAGCAAAGGAGCAAGAGUUAUAGAGUUACUACUUCUGUGAGACCAUACUUUUCCAGCGUACUGACGGACACUUCCGUACCAACUGGAGGCAGUAUGGCUCUUCAAGUAGAAGUAAAAGGCAGUCCAGCAGAGGUUACAUGGUUCAAAGAAAGCUUGAUGCUGCCCAGGGCAUGUCCAAAACACCGUACCUUCACAGAAAGAGGUGUCCAUACGUUGCUAAUACCUAGCAUCUCAGAAUAUGAAGCUGGGAAGUACACAUGUAGAGCAAGCAACAUGCAUGGAAAGGUAGAGACAUCUGCAUAUGUUCAGGUUGUCCAUCCUUCUUCGGUCAGAGGUGGGAAACCUCCGAUGUUCUUGCAUAGGCCUGAAAAGAUCCUCAACAUGGCUACUGGAGAAGAUAUUAGUGUCUCAUUCAGAGUCACAGGCGAUCCAAGACCUACAGUGAUUUGGAUGAAGGGCCUGAAAGACAUAACCAACAGUAUGCGAUCCAUGAAGUUUGUAUCUGACGAUUACCAAAGAUUUACCUUGAAGAGAGCUACUGAAGAUGAUGCUGGAACGUACUGCAUCCUGGCUAAGAAUCGACAUGGAUGUGAUCGAGCCUUCUUUACAGUGCGAUUGAGACAUAGAGCCAGGUCGCUCACACCUACUUCUACCAGAUCUGUAGAAGAGAUACUUUCUGACAUCCCUUCAUAUCGACAAAGACAACAACGUACAGAUGUUCCUGGCGCCAUUCCCGGCCCCCCAGUGGUCACUGACACCGGCCGUAAUUGGGUGAGCCUCUCAUGGGGCCGCCCUGAACACCGUGGCGCAUCCCCUGUACUAGCAUACCGCGUGGAGGCGUGGCUUAACACCCGAUGGGCGGAACUUGGAAUUACGGCGACCAAUUGCUUCGAUGCUUUCGACUUGAAGCCAGGCGGUGAAUACCAGUUUAGGGUGACGCCCAGGAACAGAUAUGGGUGGGGAGAGGCGUUGCAAAGCGGAGUGGUAAUGGUGGGGAGGCAUGCGGCAUUGCCGGAGUUCACGAAAAUACUUCCAGGCCAGAUGAAGGCGCUUGUUGGGGAUUCAGUUGCACUAGUCUGUCAGGUUAAAGGUGAUCCAGUCCCAAUGAUAAGGUGGCUUAAAGAUUCUACUGAAAUUUAUACUGAAGAUGACACACGCUACUCUAUCGCUCAAGACAACGGAAUUUGCUCAUUAAUAAUCGGUAAUUUGCAAGACAUUGAUUCUGGCAGGUUCAUAUGUGAAGCUGAAAACUCAAUGGGAAGGGUUUCGACAUUUGCAAGAUUGUGCGUUGUCAAGGACCCAAAGGUUCUGGCAGCAGAUAAAAACUUGAGAAUGAGUCUUUUAGAUUUGGAUAAGGCAACAGAACUUCCACCACAAUUUACGAUGAGAUUGCGAGACAGAAGGGUACAACUGACUUAUCCUGUCAGACUAACAUGUCAAGUAGCAGGCGUUCCAGAACCAACAAUAAUCUGGUACAAGGAUGGAAAAGAAAUUUCAUCUGAUGAUCGGCACAGUUUCUGCACGGACGACAAUUUCCAUACAAUUGAAAUAAGCAAAACUGACUUGACAGACUCUGGCGUGUAUAGCGUCACAGCCAAGAACAGUUUUGGUGCAGUUUCGUGCAGAUGCAACCUGGUGGUGGACAAAGGAAUUAAAGGGUAUAUUUCGCCAGCAUUUUGCAGUGAUUUGGAACCGCCGUUGAUCGAGAUCAAAGAAGGGAAGGAGUUGCGGCUGAGUGGAAGAGUGGAAGCUUAUCCAUCGGUCGGAGUUAUGUGGUAUAGGGAUGGAGUCUUCUAAUGAUGUUGGCUGAGUAGCAUAGAUUUUGCUUUUUAAAUGACCCCACAUAAAGAAAUCCAAAGGGGAUAAAUUUGGCGAUCUGGGGGGCCACUCACUGGCACCUCUUCUACCAAUCCAUCGAUCUGGAAACGUCUGAUCUAAAAAUUGUCGAACACGUAAUGCGUAAUGUGGUGGGGCACCAUCCUGUUGGAACA